AAAGAAGACCCAACGCGAAAGGCAACAGCAAAGUAACCAGCAACUUCUUUACUUCAGUCAUUUUUAAACUAAGCAGCUACCGGGCCACCAAAGGCUUCACAGUAAAGUCAAUGAGCCCGGAAAAUGCCUUCCUGCUCUGCCUCUCUGCUCUGUCUGUUCCUCCUGCUGCUGUGGGGGCUGCUAGGAGGUUUGGUGCUGUCCAUCUGCCCCGCCGCGUGCAUCUGCAACCGUGGUCACCGCGUGGUGGACUGCUCUUCAAGAGGCCUCACCAAACUACCGCCUGGUCUGCAGCACAAUAUCCGCUUCCUUAACCUCUCGUUUAACAGCCUGCAGACUGUGGACAGCCAGCUAAGCCACUAUGCCCACCUGCGAACCCUUGACUUGUCCUACAACCGUCUGGAGAGCCUGCCCCCCUCCUUACCUCGGUCUCUGUGGGACAUCCGAGCAGCGGGGAAUCAUCUACGCUCUCUGGACAAAAAUGACACAGCAUACCACUGGAACCUGAAAGUGCUGGACCUGUCCGACAACGAGCUAGAGAGGGUGGUUUUCAUCAACAACACGCUGCCAAGCCUCCAAACACUCAACCUCAGUCACAACCGGUUCUGGACUGUGCCCACCAACAUGCCACACAACCUGGAGAGCAUCGACUUGUCCCAUAACUUCCUGACACAGAUCCUGCCUGGAUCGUUGCAGCGGCUGCACAGGCUGGCUCAGUUCUAUCUGCAUGCUAACCGCUUCUCCUGGCUGCCUGAAGGGAUCUUUGAUAAGCUGACCGGGUUGGAGGUGAUUUCUCUCGGGGACAAUCCUUGGGCUUGUGAGGAGGAAGAAAACAUAACAAAGCUCCUGAGAUGGGCUGAGCAGACUCGUGCGACCGUCUUGGGCUGUCCCUGUUACACGAGACCCAUCUGUGGGCAAACCCAUGUGGCCACACCGGGGAGGGAGUGGCACUCUGCGCUGUUCACCGAGCCCCCACUGUGGGUGGACAGCAGAGGUGAGGGGCAUGAUGAUCAGUCACCUGCAAGGACUGCAGAGGUCACAUCGAGCUACCAAGUGAAAUCAGCGCUCUUUGAGACAGGAAUAUUUCACGGCACACGAGGAGUGAGUGAUUCCAGUGACCACAUGGUGUUUGUCUGGACGCCUUCGACUAGCAUUGACAGCAUCUCCACACACACAAGCACAACAGCGCGCCCACGAUCUUCUACGACAAAGCCCAAAGUGGCGAACUCACGAAAUAAAGGAUCAGGACUCCUCGUCCAGACUGAAACUGUCAUCCUAACUGUGCUCGUCUUGUUCAACACCGUCUGAAAAAACACCGAACUUACCUGAUUAUUCUGGACAAUGAAUGUACGACCAUGAACUCCACUUAGCAUUACAACUCCCCUUGUUAAACCUGUUACGACUGUUACUGCCUUCUGUCACCAUCAAGGUCAUCAUUAUCUCUCCAUUCAGUCCAACAUGAAAAUGUCUCAGAAUCCUAUUACAAAAAUGAACUUUCUAAACCUGCAAGACUACUCAAAUAUAUCUGAAUAUGUGAUUCAACUGGAGUGCUAAUGUCAAUGCUCAACUCUCAGUAUAAUGCCUGCACACUGACAGACCGCUUUGCUCAAUGCUGUCUCAUAGUAAUAGUAAUGCUUGUGCUACAUGAGGUCCUGCUGAGCCAUUAAAAAACAGGAUUGAAAAUAUGCAUUACAUUCCAGAGCCCCUUGGAAAAAUACCAAUAAAGGGCUAGUUCGAUGAAAAAAAUACAUCUGUUGAGUAGCUAUAGGUGGUCUUGUCUACAGUGGAAACUUAACUGAAUAAAACAGAACAAUGUAUCGAAGUAGACUGAGAAAUAGAAAAGAAACCAAAGCACAAGAAAUCAAAUAUCAAGAUAGAAGACGGUAAACCUCAUCAACUCUACAGCAAAGGCAAGAACUGUUUAACAUGUCUUUAGAGGACAGAUAAAAAGUUCAUUCCAUCCAUUUUCUUUUAUUUUAGGUUAGAUUAAGUAUGUUUUUUUAAUAUACAUAUAUAUAAUGUUGGUGCUCCUUUUUUAACUAUCAGGCCAUUAAAUAACUCCAUCCAAAAGCUGCCCAGUAAAAUAUAUAAUAGACAAUAUAUGUUAUGUUUAGUUACCCGAUUAACUGUUUUUAAAAAAAGAGGACAAUGGACAUCAGCCCAGAGACAUCAGGAUUUGUAUGACCUACAUUACAGGAAUAUAUAUAAUGUUCUAAGACAUUCAAAAAUAAAUCAAAUUUAAGACUCUAACGGCAUUUUCAAGCCCUGAAUUGAGGAAGAAUACACCUAAAAUUAAACAACUUUUUGCAGCAAGAGGUCAAAACUGAAAGGUACAUAGCAUUUUUCAGUACACCGGACCCGAGCUGAAUUUGCCGAUUAAAUAAACUGUUUAUGAAAUGUUGAAUGGUAUAUGACGAAAAAAUAUUUGGAUCGCCCAAACAUGAUCAUUUUUGGCACAUUUAAUGUGUCUACUCGAUCAAUAUAUGGCAUAGUGAGCUUUAUAAUAUCACUGCUUUGCAGGCUUGCUAAUCUGAUUCUAAACAACUCAAAAAAGAACAAUUACAAUCAAAUACAUUUUGCAGGAAGACCAAAACAUGUCUUAGUGAAAGUGUCUUCUUAAAUUCAAGACCCCUGGUAAAAAUCAGACGAUUUUAUUUUUGGCCAAUUUAAGACUUAUAACAAUUUAGAGGCUCCACUGGAACCCUGUAUAUAUAUUAGCAGUAUAUAUAGAGCAAAACCCCUCUCUUCAUACCCUUUCUUUACAGAUUUCAAUUACAUUUAGUUUAAAAAGAAUUCGACAAAUAGUAGAAGUGCAGUUCAGACCAAAGAUCUGGGAUGCAACAAGAUUGUUGAAGUACAUAGCAGGGGAGUGCGUUUGUUAAUGUCACAAAGUCACACUUUGAAUUUUGAAAUGAUUACAUCUACUUUUUUUAAAUAAACUUUUCACACGGGGAAAAUCAGCCCCUCCUUGAAUCAUGACACAUGGUGCUAUUCAAGCUAACACAUAAGUAAUUAAAGGUUAUAACUGCUAAAUUUGCCCAUGGAAAUAUUGCUGUUUUCAGCAGAUGCUACAAUUAUGUGACUGAGAUGGCUAAGCAUUUUUGUUUUUAUACAUGCCAUGAAAUGGUGCUGCCAUGCUGUGAUGUUGAUGACAAAGGGAAAUCGGUGAUGAAUCACUCUUAUGCAGCAGUCAUGCGGCCUGAUGUUUUGCAUUGUCAUGAUGACAAAGCCACAGACAAAUAUGGAAUAUUAAAGUGGUAAUGUACACGGCUGACCAAGGUUCAAGUCCGACUUGUGGCUCCUUUCCCAAUCCAUUGACUGUCCUCCUUUAUAAAUAAAGGUAUAGAAUGCCCAAAAAUAUAUAUAUAAAAAGGAGUAAAUUACUUUAGAUUGAAUGAGUGUAAGAGUUGCUGCUAUGGAAAUGAAACACUAUCUCUUCCAGUUGCAGUGGUGUGAAGUGAGAGGCUUUCAGGAUGCUUUCAGCAAGCAGUUGCAAGUUUGAACUCAUCUUGUUGCAUAACUUUGGUCUGAACUGGGUUUAAGACUAUGCUAGUCUAGAUUACUCUGGAUUAAUAUAUUCAUAAACAGAAGACUGAAGGCUGCAGAGGGUCAGAGGUGGAUUUUAUAUUCUGAAUAUUCUGCAUGUCCAGAUUUUUACAGAUUUACUCAUUGUUAGUCAUCAGCAUGGUGAGUUUAAGGUUGUAAUUCAUCAUUACAAAAAAAAGACUAUUAAAUAUGUAUCUAUUCUUUCAUGAAUGAUACAGUAUUUAUUGAAAUCGAGCAGUCUGCCAUGAUGCAAAAAUUAAAGCUAUUUAUUUCAGGGACCUGUGACACAAAUGGAGUGGAAACAGUAACACUGUAAUGUCAUGGACGUUACAAAAUAAAGGUGAAUCAAAAGGCUGAUGAUGUGGAAUUUGUUCAGUUUGCAACUGGUUCAACAAUCAACAGAUCAAUAAAUAAAUAACACUCUAGCUGGAUAUGAGACAUAACAUAAGGAGUUAGUUGAUCCAUUCAUUACAGUUCCUACAUACAAUGAACUUCCUACAAGAGCUUAAAACACUACUUAACACACAGCCAGCACAACAGGCCACAGUUACACACCAGUAAAAACCUGAGCUAAACAUGACUGUGUCUGCUGUGGGGCUGAGUUACGUUCAAGAGAAAUGAUGAAUUCUGGAUAUGAUGUUCAUAUUCUUUAAAGCUCUUAAAGGGAGGACUUUAAUGCAAUAAAAUGUUUGGUACUGCACCCUCUUUACAGCCUCUGUAACUCUGCAGUCACAGAGUUAUUCCAUUCUGUUUUCCAACUUUCUCAUGCAAGCAUACAGACUGCAGUGGAUGUGCUGUUAAUUUCUGUGUAAAACUGAACAAAUAACAGGGUGGACAAAAAACAGACAGCAAGCUUAUGAUAAAAUCAGAAUUUAGAGAGAUCAGGUCC